GGGCAAGAUUACCAAAUGUGUAGUUCCCAGGAGCCCACCUCCCAGAGGGAAGACAACUUGACCUGUGUGGCAUCCACCACUUUGCAGAAGGUGCUGGAUGAGUGCCAGAACCAGCGGGCCUGCCACCUCCUGGUCAAUAGCCGCGUCUUUGGACCUGACCUUUGUCCAGGAAGCAGUAAAUACCUCCUGGUCUCCUUUAAAUGCCAACCUAAUGAAUUAAAAAACAAGACUGUGUGUGAAGACCAGGAGCUGAAACUGCACUGUCAUGAGUCCAAGUUCCUCAACAUCUACUCCGCCACCUAUGGCCGGAGGACACAGCAAAGAGAUGUGUGUCCCUCAGAAGCAGAGCUACUGCCCCCCUUUGACUGCCUGUCUUACACGGCUUUGCAAGUCCUGUCCAGGAGGUGCUACGGGAAGCAGAGAUGUAAGGUCCUCGUCGAUAAUUACCACUUCGGAAGCCCCUGUCUCCCAGGAGUGAAAAAAUACCUCACUGUUGCCUACGCAUGUGUUCCCAAGAACAUACUCACAGCGGUCGACCCAGCCAUUGCUAAUUUAAACCCUUCCCUGACGAAAGACGAUGGAUACGGUAUAAAAUUCGACCCAAGUGGAUCAAGGGUUGUACGGAAAGAUGGUGUUAUCGUCAGCAACUCUCUGGCUGCGUUUGCUUACAUUCGAGCCCACCCGGAGAGAGCCGCCCUGCUGUUUGUGUCUAGUGUCUGCAUUGGCCUGGUCCUCACACUGUGUGCCCUGGUCAUCAGAGUGUCCUGUACCAAGGACUUCCAGGAGCUGAGUCAGGGUAGAGAGCAUCUGGUGCUAGGUAGCGACCAGGCUGAGGAGGACAGUGAGGAGGAGGUAGAAGAGGAGGAGUCCUCAGACUCCGAGUUUCCCGCCGAACUCUCCAGGUUUUGUAGGACUUCGUAUCCAGCCUACAGCUCCAUAGAGGCCGCUGAGUUGGCAGAAAGAAUUGAGCGCAGGGAACAAAUCAUUCAAGAGAUUUGGAUGAACAGUGGCCUGGACCCCUCAGUUCCGAGGAGCAUGGGCCAUUUCUACUGA